AUGCAGGAUACGCCCAAGGAAACUUUGACCGAAUUCAACGAAGAGCAUCAGGUCCUAGGAGACUCGGUGAUUGACGCAUUCCGAUAUCUGGAGAGUAUAUGGCACGCCGAGGAAGGUUCAGAAGAUGUCGAAGUGCCCAUCCAUCCGUCCUAUCAAGAAGACUUCUGUUUUGAGAAAGCCAACUCGAGGGAAGAUGUCGUAGCCCGGUUACAUUUGUGCACUCUCCCUCUCUUAGCACGCCAACUUUCGAGGCUCCAACAAUUGCUCGAUCCGGCAGGCUUGCGGACAGAGCCAGAGUCAAGACUCACGCACAUCUCAUGGAUUCAAUCCCAAGUCGGCCAUACCGUCACUCAAAUUCAAACUGCCACCGCCUUGGUCUGUCCGAAACCUUUAGCUUGGGGACGCCGACGCGAUGAUCGCCAUCUCAAAGAACUCAAAGGUUUCAGGCUUCUUUUAAUCACCGAUCGUAUCCAAGAUGCCAUGUGGUCUACGGCUCAUUUUUUUGAUUCGGCUGGGAAAUUGCUCAAACAAAUCGGGCUCACUACUGAUGAAACGACUCCCGGAGGUCACCCAUGUCGGUGUCACGCGCGCUGGAACCAGAAGGCAUUGCAGGCGAUCAGACUGGCCAUCUACUGCUUAGAAUCCGAAUCCGAAUGCGAUCUUGUUAAACAUCACUGGAGGUUCGAUGUAAAAUGGGAAUUGCUGUCGACCAAAAAAGCUAUACUCAUGCUCCCUCCCAACCCUCUCUCUGCAAAUUACGAAGAAGAGGCUCAAUCGAGGUUGGUUCGGGAACCGGCAAUCCAGCUCACUCAAUCAGUGCUACCGAUCUCGAUGCUAUCAAGACAUUUUUACGUUGCGGUAGGUAAUAUGAUGGCUCAGCUGCCAACAUACACAGAGAUGAACUCUCAUCAACUAAGCAGCUUAUACAUCUCUGCUGAACACACUGGCGAGAAUUUGAAUGAGAUUUUGGAACUCAUCGCCGAUGCCGAUAACACGCUCUGCCGAGGUGAAACCAUACCUAUAUGCGCGAGGAUCAGAGAGGCUGCUGGAGAGAUUCUUGAGCGCUUUGAAGAAUUACUGCUGAUUUUAGUUCUUCAUCUACUUCCCUUGGUCCCGGGGACGGAUACCGUUUACAAUCAGGACUUCUUUUUCAAAUGGCACUCCAUGAUGACGGUAUUCAUUGAUAGCUUCCAAAGGUCUAACGAUAGACUUGAAGAUAGUUCCCUCCAAUAG